AUGGCGUCUCCGGGGGCACAGCUCGCGCUUGAGUCGUCCUUCCUCCUCCUCGUAAGACUCGCGCUCUUCUUCAGCUGCCGCAAAUUCCUCCUCCGCCAUCUCUACUACGAUCUCCAAGACCUCUCCGCUAAGCGACCCCUCGGUUCGCGUUCCACAUCCGCAUCUGCGUCCACGGACGAUGUCGCGAAUAUCGAGCUGGAGUCGUUCGUGACGCUGCCACUGCCGUCAACAUCGGAAAGUGCGUCGCCAGAGCCACCGCGCAGACCGUUCCACUCGACGCUCGCGCGCGGCCUAUUCGCGCUCUGUUUCUCGGAAAGCUGUACCCUAUUCGUCCUGCUUAUGUGCCAGGCGCUAGAAAUUCUGCAUGCGCGCGCGCGACUGAUCAACUGGAAUAUCUCACUGGCCCUUCUCCUCCUCGCCAUCCUCGUCCUGAUCCCCGUCUCGUAUAGCCUCGUUCUCACCGGCUUGCACACGCGUCAGCGUCCAUCUGCGCUGCGCAUCGUGCUGAAUCUCGUCCCUGUAUGCUUGCUGCUACUCGCGCUCUCCUAUAUCCCCCUCCCUUCCGUAGCGUUCGAGGCCCCCCCACACAGCAUGCUCAUGGACACACUCUCGCGCCUUACCGUCCUCGGCACAAUUAUCCUUGGCGCGCUCUCGGGCUUUGGCGCGAUCAGCAAUGCAUGGACGUUCUUCCCGGCUGUACGUGGGGGGCAGAGGAGCGACCCGACAGAGGAGGAGAUACGCGCAGCGGAGCUUGGCCUGCAGCGUGUGCAGAGCGACUUGUCAGAGCGCCAGAUGGAGGUGCAGAAGCUCGAGGCGGCAAAGCAGCCAGAUCAAGAGGGCGGCUGGUUCUCGCGCGUCGUACCCAGCUUCCGUGGCGACUCUCGUACGUGCUUCCCUGUCCUCCUCGUUCGUGCUAACUUUCCGCCCCUUGUGCAUCUUUUCGGUGCAGAGCUAUCGUCUGCACGACAAGAGCUGCGCGGACUCGAGGCGCUCGAGUACGAAAUGGCACGCAACCUCGAGGUACUCCGGCAGCGCCGCGCGGAUGCACAAUUUUCACGCACGAUCGCGGGGCGGCUUGUUAAUUGGGGCGGACGUCUUUUCGCGGUGUACUGCAUGUAUCGCAUACUGAACGCUAUCAUCAACCUCGCCCUCCCCGCGCGAUCUGCCAUCGCGCCCACAGAGGGAACGGAGUUGGGGACGGCUCAGGGAGGCGCAGGCGCAGACAUGAUCAGCGUCGCGCUCGUGCACCUUGUUGCGCUCCUGCCACACGUCAGUGUCAGUUCGGAAGAGAUCGCGUCAAUCUCGCGCCAGAUCAGCCUCGCCCUCGUUGGGGUGAUCAUUCUGAGCAGCAUUCGACUGGUUCUACGCGGUGUUGCCCGGGCUUUGAGAGUGACGAGUCGUGCGUUGGGUGCAUCCCUUAUGCUACUCGUUCUCGCACAGCUGAUGGGCAUAUACCUUCUCUCGACGCUCGUCCAGCUACGCACGUCGUUCCCACCCCCCGCACGCCCGGACGCGGAAGCGGACGAGGCAAACCUGUUCGCGACGCUGCCGCAGUACCAGCUAUUCGGUGCACUAUUUGAUGGCACGUUACUCAUUGUGGCUGUGGGUAGCAUAGCGGCAAGAUGGUUUGGUGAUAGGUUGAGGGAGGCGGGAACAUGA